AGUCACAUGGUGGUGGGCAGCCGGCGGUCCGCGCCGGUGCGACGUCAACGCAGGUCCCUAAGCUCCCCGAUCUGCCUUCCGCGGUCGGGCCGGGGUUGAGUCUUCCUAGGGCUCGGUUUGGGUAGUUGCUGAGUCCAUUUGCGACCGCCAUGGACAACUCCGGGAAGGAAGCGGAGGCGAUAGCGCUGCUGGCAGAGGCGGAGCGCAAAGUGAAGAACUCGCAGUCCUUUUUCUCCGGCCUCUUUGGAGGCUCAUCCAAAAUAGAGGAAGCAUGCGAAAUCUACGCCAGAGCGGCAAACAUGUUCAAAAUGGCCAAAAACUGGAGUGCUGCCGGAAACGCUUUCUGCCAGGCGGCCCAGCUGCAUCUGCAGCUCCAGAGCAAGCAUGAUGCUGCCACCUGCUUCGUGGAUGCUGGUAACGCCUUCAAGAAGGCUGAUCCCCAAGAGGCCAUUAACUGCCUGAUGAGAGCAAUCGAGAUCUACACAGACAUGGGCCGGUUCACAAUUGCCGCCAAGCACCACAUCUCCAUCGCCGAGAUCUACGAGACAGAGCUGGUGGACAUCGAGAAGGCCAUAGCCCACUACGAGCAGUCUGCAGACUACUACAAAGGCGAGGAGUCCAACAGCUCAGCCAACAAGUGUCUGCUGAAGGUGGCCGGCUACGCCGCACAGCUGGAGCAGUACCAGAAGGCCGUGGACAUCUACGAGCAGGUGGGGACCAAUGCCAUGGACAGCCCUCUCCUCAAGUACAGCGCCAAGGACUACUUCUUCAAGGCGGCCCUCUGUCACUUCUGCAUCGACAUGCUCAAUGCCAAGCUGGCUGUCCAGAAGUAUGAGGAGCUGUUCCCCGCCUUCUCCGACUCCCGCGAGUGCAAGCUGAUGAAAAAGUUGUUAGAAGCCCAUGAGGAGCAGAAUGUGGACAGCUACACCGAGGCGGUGAAGGAGUAUGAUGCCAUCUCUCGGCUAGACCAGUGGCUCACCACCAUGCUGCUGCGCAUCAAGAAGACGAUCCAGGGUGACGAGGAGGACCUGCGCUAGGCCACACCCAGCCCUGGCGUCUGUCUUCCUCUCCUCUGCUCCCCUGGCCGCACACCCUCCAGUGAGGAUCAGGGCGCAAGCAGGGAGAGGUGGGGCCUGAGGCCUUGGCUCGAGACCUCUCCUCCCCACCCCACCAAGGGGUCUCGCAGACCAAAGCUGUGGCCGUGUGGGCUCAGCUCAGAAGCCGGGCCUGCUGGCUGGACGGUCACCCUCUAUCCUUGCUUCACCCUCGCCCCUGCCCAUUUAUUUAAGCCUCCGUGGUGCCCUUUUCCACCCCUCCAAAAACCAGCUCUACAGAAUCUUUGAUAAAGACCUAUUUGCUGUGGGCGCUACUGGGGCCUGGGGUCAGCCUCUGGCCGCUCGUCUUCAGACCAGCUGAAUGGUGAGGCUGGUUUCUAUCUCCCUGUG